GAUGUCAAUCACAUUCGGAGAGCGACAGGAGGCGGCAUUUAGACCAUUUGAUCGCCCAAGAGAAGAAGGGAGUGACCUGACCAAGGAAGUCCGGUUCAGCACUUGGGCGCACUGGCUGGGAUUGCAGGAUCCAAACUGGAGGCCCACCCAUUUCGAGGCACUUGUCGACUGGUCCAGGACAGCUGGCCUCGUGUGCUGCCAGGGUACCUCUCCUUCGUUCUUCAGGGUGGGCGCGAUGCGGGACAUGAGCCUAUUGGAUCAACCGAGGGUGGACGGAAAGGCGCCGCCUGAGAGGCGUGCAGCGAACAAAGCGCGGAACAUCGCUGACUCGCAAAAGUGGUUCAUGUUCAAAAUCGGGCUGCUGAAGCAUUUGCCUCAGAUUGCCGUGCAGGUCCACCGCUUCUGUCGCAAGUGCGAGGCGGUGGAGAGGGGGAGUCUCGCAGAAUAUCCCGGCCAGGAAGACAUCGCGAAGCUGUUAUUUCUGUUCGCAAUCGCCGCGCUGACCGUGUCGGACAUAUACCUGUCCACCUCCAAGGUAUACAAUGCCGUGUACACGCCCCUCAAGGAGCACGCGAAGAGGCAGUCGAGCUCUGCGCAGUGGGAUUUCGGGACCUACGAGGGGUUUUUCAACCUUCACACGGCCUAUUCGCAGAUGCAGAUGUUUUUUGGUAUCUUCGCGAUCUCCAUCGUGAUGCUGCUCGGGAGACUCACCUUGGAAGAUCUUGGACCAGGCUACAGCAUGCCACUGUGCCUGGAGCAUGCCGCCAAGCGUGGAGUAUUCACGGUGCGUGAGGCCUUCUUGUUCGCGGUUGUCAUGGCGGCUGUCUGCAGUCUGCUGCGAUAUUAUAUCGCAGCAGACGGUGGAGGACGAGCGAAGGUGGAGGACGAGCCUGGCUCCUUGAAAAUUCAAUAGCCGGCGGAAACGCCUCGAUUACAUCUUCACGAGCAACCGUCAGACUUCUGAGGGGGAGGAGGGCCCGCCUACGGCGUCCGUGUGGAAGCUCGAAGCAGCGCUGCUGGCAGCAGUCGCCGGGCAAGACGCCGAGGUGCGCCGACAGCUUGAUGUCGAAGAUGAAUACCUUGCCCACUUGUUGGGGCGCUACCGGCCCAAUGGGGAUAAGAUCACCGCUGAGGAGUUCCAUGCGUGGGUCCUGAAGGCCAAGAGCCGCGCUGCGAUACUCGAGAAAGAGACCCAGGAUUCGGAGCAAGAGAUCGCGCAAGAUGAAACAAAGCAAGCCGAGGAGAUCUUUGACAUGGUAGACCGAGAUAAGAGUAACUGUGUCGACCGCGACGAGUUGAGGAAGGUUUACCAGGCGAUUGCGAAAGCCUUGGGCAAGAAGGAUGCGAAGAAAACUGGGAGGCAAUGGAGCCAGAAGGCGUUCAAAAAAGCUACGGAUUCCUUCAACAAGGGUGAAUUCGUUGAGCUCAUGCGCCGCGGGGUGCAUCUCAAGCAACUGUUUAAUCCAAGAGUUUUCGACGCAGUGAAGGCUGAGCUUGAUGAGCUUCAUGCCCAGCCUUGAGCUCGGGGGGGAUGAGGAGCAGGAGGAAGAUCGCGCGACCGCUUCCCGCUAUGAUAGUAUCGUCGCACUUAGCGCCUCGCCCUCUUCCUGCUUCCCGCUGCCCGCCGCGCUUAGCGCCUCGUCCGCGUCCCGCUGCGGAAAUGCUUCGCAGACCCUAUCAUAGAUCAAUCGUGGAGGCCAUCGAUUCGACAGCGUUGCAUUUUCGCCUCCGCUGUGUUUAAGUCGAAUCAACAGGAGACAAAGGAGGACACCCUGUCAUCUCGCGUCCCAACUGUCAAUGCGCAUCGCG